AUGGUCCUUUGCACGUAUUUUCUUAAUAAUAACUGCCGAUUCGGUUCCAGAUGUAAUAACGAGCAUAUAGACAUUGGGUCAAUUGUUAAAAACGAAGCGGAUGUAACACUGAAAGGCAAUCAAUGGCCGCUCUCGUGCUUUGGUCCCUUCAAAGAGCGCAAUUGCAUCCCCAACUUUAUCGAAGACCAAAGCUUCGAAGAAAUUCGUAUGAUGUAUCUAGAAGCGAAAAUGCAGAACAACAUACCAGCCCAUCAGAUGCAACUUGCACAAAUGAUAAACGAUGCCAAAACGAAGAUGCAAUGUCUCACGGCAAUGAACAGGGAGGUCCUGAACACGUUGGUUGAGAUUUAUAACCAACAGGAAAGCAGCGCCAAACCGUCGAACACUACAUCGAACCCUUUCGCAUCGAUAGGUUCUGUUGGGAGCAACGCAACAGCAUCGAGCAUUUUCGGUGGUGGCAACAAUAGCAAUGCGUUCGGCUCGGGAUUCGGAGCUGGCGCGACCGGUGUUAGCUCUAGCACUACCGGGAGCAUAUUCGGCGGAGGUUCAAUAAGUGGCCAAACAGCACAACCAGUUAGUAACAUCUUUGGCACAGCUACUUCCACGACUAACAGCAUAUUCGCUAAACCUGCUCAGCAAGUGUCCACUGGAAAUAUCUUCGGGAUGUCCCAACCAUCGAACAACGUGUUUGGGGCACCUGCCACGUUGGGUGGAGGAUUAUUCGGCAGUGUUCAGCAACCGUCUCAAAGUGCUGCGCCAAUGUUUGGUGGUGCAACAACAGCACCGAACCCGGGUGCUGGCAACAUGUUCACAAAUUCAAUGAAUAUUCGCCCAUGCGUUGCCCAGCCGGUAGCAGGUGGUUCCGUGUUUGGUGGUGGAAAUAUGUUUGGUAACAGUUCGGCAUCCGUGGCACCGGCAGCUGGUGGUUUUGGAACGAUUGCGACGCAACCGCAGCAGAACACGGGAUUAUUUAAUUCUGUUUCGUUUGGCAGUAGUGCGCCAACAGGUGCAUCCUUUGGUUCGUUUGGAUCCCCGAUGCAAGCUGUUCCUGCAGUCAAUGCGUCAUCGUCACAAAAUUUAUUUCUUCCCGCGUCUACGGCAACUCCGUUCGGCACUUCGAUGGGUUCAAGCGCAUUCGGUGUUUCUGCAGCACCUUUAGGCCAAUCCGUACCACAAUCGGCUACUAUAUACAGCAAUAUGGAAACAGUUACGGCGGAACAUUUAGCUGCCUUCAAGUCGGGUCAAUUUCAAUUAGGACGAAUACCAACGGUACCACCACCUAAAGAAUUGUGUCAAUAA